AUGAAACAGGGACACCACUGGUUAUCACCAUAUCAUGUGAUAAGAAAGGGGGUGAUAAAAGACCCAGCGGCUCUGCGUUUCCGAGCACUCUGCAGCUGGCAGUCGCGCAGAGCAGGGGACCGAGAUGUCCCCCUGCCGAGCCGGGCGACUGUCCCCCGCUACAGCCCACACAGGGCAAAAACAGGCUACAAAACGUACGGCUAUUUGCUACAAAAAGGGGACCGAGCUGUCCCCCUGCCGGGCCGGGCGACUGUCCGGUACGGCUAUUUGCUACAAAAAGGGGACCGAGAUGUCCCCCUGCCGAGCCGGGCGACUGUCCCGUGUCAAUCAGCGGUCCCGCUCUGGAGUUUGCUCUCAGGAAGCGUUUUCAGCUCUUCUGCACCCGCUGCCCCAGCGGCACAGCCCUCCCCAGACAGAGCUGCCCAUGCGGUGACGACCCUCCAGCCUCACGCCCUGCUGGGAGCCCGCGGCUCCCCGUGUUUUCGGCCGCAGGACGGCACCGCAGCGGAAGCAUUGAAGUUUCAGCAGUUAAAUUACAAAUUACGGAGGCCAAAGACCUGUGGCACUCAGGAGCUGCUGUCACGAGUGAGCUGUCCACGCACAAACGCUGCUCGUAGUGCAGAGAUAAUUACUGAAAAGAGUAAAAGGCAGCUGUGGCACCUGCCUGGCCAGGUGGAAGUGUUUGUAUCGACUUUCUUCAUGUUUCAUUUUUGCAAUGGAACCGUGACCUUUCUGCCUUUGGAAGAAAACAGUGAAGGAAAAUACCUGGUUAAAAAGUGCAAUAUUUAUCAAAUUCAACUUAAACACAUAAAAGAUGAGGAAUGGUCUAUAUCUGUUGUAGCUCCAUUUCCAGAAGAUUGGUUUUCAGAUGGAAUUGUGUACCCCAAACUAGCAUGGCUUGGAAAUGAACUUUUAUCCAAACUGGCUAAAUGGUCCGUGGAGCAAAAGCCCAGUGAGUUUAAAAGUACACUCUCACUCAUUUCAGUAGCAAAAUACAGCAAGGUUUAUCAGGACCUCAAAGAAAAGUACAAAGAGAUGGUAAAGGUGUGGCCUGAAGUGACAGAUCCUGAGAAAUUUGUUUAUGAAGAUGUUGCCAUUGCCACUUACUUGCUGAUUCUUUGGGAAGAAGAGAGAAAAGAAAAAGGGUUGACCAAGAAACAAUCAUUUGUGGAUCUUGGAUGUGGAAAUGGUUUGCUGGUUCAUAUUCUAAACAAUGAAGGGCAUUCAGGCAGAGGAAUUGAUGUGAGGAGAAGAAAAAUAUGGGACAUGUAUGGACCAGAGACGCAUUUAGAGGAAACUAGUAUCAUUCCAGGUGACAGUCACCUCUUUCCAGACACUGACUGGCUCAUAGGAAACCAUUCAGAUGAGUUGACACCAUGGAUACCUGUAAUUGCAGCUAGGUCUUCCUAUUCAUGUUGCUACUUCGUGCUGCCAUGCUGCUUCUUUGAUUUCCAUGGAAAAUACAGGCGAAGACAAAGCAAAAAAACUCAAUACAGAGAAUAUCUUGAUUUUGUUGCCCAAGUGGGAUUUGUAUGUGGCUUUCAUGUGGAAGAAGAUUGCCUUAGAAUUCCGUCAACAAAAAGGGUCAGCUUCAUUGGGAAAAGCAGGACCUACCCAGCUGCAGAACGUGCUCUGAUUGACAAGCAGAUAACACAGUUUAUUAACAGUCGGCGGACCUGUGCUGUGGCCACGUGUGACAGAAGGGUUGGAUUUAACCACAAGGAUCACUGUGGUGGUCUGUGCAAAGAAGCAGGCUCAGAACCUCCUGAAGAAGAGACUGAGACAGCUGGUACAGUUUGGAUGCCUGGAUUUCAACCCAGAGAAAAAGUAGAACAAAUCAGAAAUUGUGCUUCCCUCCCUCGGGAUUUUGUAGAUGAAGUGGUUCUCAAUGUGGCAAACUUGCUUUUAAGUGCAGCCCCCCAAAAAUCAUGUUCUGAUAAGCAGGGUAGAAAUAUGAAUACCUGGAAUCAAGGAGAAAGCCUUUCCUUAAGAGAAGUGGCAGAACACUUGAAUAAAGAGACUUUAAAAAAGCUGAAAAGUGAAUAUGGAGGCUUGCAGACACUACUCAAGAACAAUCAUCAAGUAUUUGAAGUUCUGAAUGGAAAAGUUCAUAUUCGUGACUGGAGAAAAGAGAAACCACCAAGUAAAACUAAACCUGAAGUGAAACGGCGCCUUUCAGCUGAAGCAUUUAAAACACGCCUCUGUUGGUUUUUCAUUCAUCAUCCUGAUGGUUGUUCUUUACCUUCUGAAGCUUGUCCAUAUGCCCAUGGGACUGAGGAACUAAGGCAGUCUCAGAUAAUUAAAAAGAAAAAACAUAUACAAUAAUAAAAUGUUGCAACUUGUAUUUAGGCUUAUGCACAUAGCAGAAUUUAGGAUUGACUUUGGGACUGCCUAGUGAGUGAAUAUCUGUACAGUAUGGAGGGAUUUUCUUAAUUUCUGUGCAUUUUAUUCUGCAGCUGGUUUACAAGUUCUGUAUUUCUAAUUCUUUAUUUUUUAUUAACAGAGAAUAGAUAUAGUAAAGUACGUAUAUAUUUUUGGAUUUGUCAGGGCUUAUCUAGCAUGCAUUUGCAUAAGUAAAAAAGUUGAAAAACUUAAUUUUCUGGGAAACUCCUCAUGAUACUUAAUCGGAUUAAAAGUACAUGAUGCAACAUUUUCAAACCCUGAAAA